GCGCCCCCGACGCCGCGCCGCGCCCGCUCCCCAAAUACACCUUUGCGGCGCCAGGGAUCUGCAGCACCGUCUUGGCCCUCAGCUGCUCGGCGGGGCUGUGCGGGCUCGGGUCGCGCCAUGGGGUUCACAUUUGUUCUGUGUUGAUUUGCAGCUACCAGUCAUCUUCCACAGUGGAUUCCUUAUCUACUAUUCUGGCGUCUUCUGCACUUGUUAGUAAACAGAAGAGAACUAUCAAACAUAAAGCCAAGUAAUCUUAAUCUCAAGAGAGAGACUUCAUACAAUAUGUUCUGUACAAAACUGAAAGACUUGAAGAUCACAGGGGAAUGUCCUUUCUCCUUAGUUACUCAGAGUCACAUUACUGAGGAACAUGACAAGGAUUGCAAAGAAAACAGCUCUAAAGCAGCUUUGCCCAUCUGCAAAGAAGUCCAUGAAAAAGAGGCUCAAAGAAACCUUCCACAAAGGAAAACGAGCAGAAGUAGAGUGUACCUGCACACAUUAACUGAAAGUAUCUGCAAACUAUUAUUUCCUGAGUUUGAAAGACUAAAUCUUGCACUUCAAAGAACACUUGCAAAACACAGCAUAAAAGAAGCCAGAAAAACUGAGGAUAGAGAAGAUUUUGAAAAAAUAAUCAGUGAUCAUGCUAAUGCAGCAGGUGUUCCCGUGGAGUCUCUACGGGAAUCUCUCGGUGAGGAGCUAUUCAAAAUAUGCUAUGAAGAAGAUGAACACAUAUUGGGGGUUAUUGGAGGAACCCUUAAGGACUUCUUGAACAGCUUCACUACUCUGCUGAAGCAGAGUGGCCACAGCCAAGAAGCAGGAAAAAAGGACAGACUUGAAGAUUCCUCCAUGUUGUGCCUGGAGAAAGAUCAGGACUUCUUAAAUGUGUAUUAUUUCUUUCCAAAGAAAAUCACGAGUCUUAUUUUACCUGGUAUUAUUAAAGCAGCAGCUCAUAUUUUGUAUGAAACUGAGGUGGAAGUAAUGCUUAUGCCUCCUUGUUUCCAUAAUGACUGCACUGAGUUUGCUAAUCAGCCUUAUUUGCUGUACUCCAUACAAGUCAAAAGCGCAAAACCUUCCUUAUCACCGUGUAAACCACAGUCUUCACUUGUGAUCCCUGCCUCUGUGUUCUGUAAGACUUUCCCAUUUCAUUUUAUGUUUGACAAGGAUAUGUCAGUUCUUCAAAUUGGAAAUGGGAUAAGAAGACUUUUGACCAGGAGAGAAUGUCAAGCUAAGCCAAAUUUUGAAGAGUAUUUUGAAAUUCUUACCCCCAAAGUGAGCUGCACUUUUAGUGGAAUAAUGACAAUGCUAAAUAUGCAGUUUACUGUAAGAGUCAGAAGAUGGGACAAUACUGAUAUGAAAUCAUCCAUGGUAAUGGAUCUUAAAGGCCAAAUGAUCUAUAUCUUUGAAUCCAGUGCCAUCCUAUUUUUGGGAUCUCCUUGUGUGGAUAGACUAGAAGAUUUUACUGGACGUGGGUUGUACCUCUCAGAUAUUCCAAUUCACAAUGCACUGAGAGAUGUUGUUCUGAUAGGAGAGCAGGCCAGAGCUCAGGAUGGACUCAAGAAGAGAUUAGGAAAGCUAAAAGCAACCCUUGAGCAGGCUCAUCAAGCACUUGAAGAAGAAAAGAAGAAGACUGUUGAUCUUCUGUUUUCGAUUUUUCCUGGAGAGGUUGCUCAGCAGCUGUGGCAGGGACAAGUUGUGCAAGCCAAGAAAUUUAAUAAUGUCACAAUGCUUUUCUCUGACAUUGUUGGAUUCACUGCCAUCUGUUCCCAGUGCUCACCUAUGCAGGUUAUCACCAUGCUGAAUGAGCUUUAUACUCGCUUUGAUUACCAAUGUGGAGAGCUGGAUGUCUACAAGGUUGAGACUAUUGGAGAUGCCUACUGUGUUGCUGGAGGUUUACACAAGGAAAGUGAAACCCAUGCUGUUCAGAUAGCAUUGAUGUCCCUGAAGAUGAUGGAGCUGUCAGAUGAGGUGGUGUCUCCCCAUGGAGAGCCUAUCAAGAUGCGUAUUGGCCUUCAUUCUGGAUCUGUCUUUGCUGGAGUUGUUGGGGUUAAAAUGCCUCGUUACUGCCUUUUCGGUAACAAUGUAACCCUUGCCAACAAAUUUGAAUCUUGCAGUGUACCUAGAAAAAUAAAUGUCAGCCCAACAACUUACAGGUUGUUAGAAGAAUAUCCAGGUUUUAUGUUCACACCUCGCUCAAGAGAAGAACUUCCACCAAACUUUCCCAAUGAUAUUCCUGGAAUUUGCUAUUUUCUGGAUUCUUACAUUCAAGGAACAAACACACAGACUUGGUUUCAAAAGAGAGACUUAGGAGAUGGUAAUGCCAAUUUUUUGGGUGAGGAAACAGGAAUAGACUAAACUGUACAUUCACAAGUGUAUAGAAUACUCUAUAAAUAUUUUCCUUUUUUUUGUAUAAACUGAAAAUUUUUAAAUAUGUAUGAAACAUGAAUGCACUUUAGAUUGUUAACACCUGAAAAUCAGUAUUAAAAUUUCAGGAAGUAUGCCACUGACUCCUUUUUGCUUUUUUGUUUGUAUUAAGAACAUAGUCACUCUAAUAAUAUUGCAACUUCACUGUUAAAAAUGCUACUAAAAGUUUUCCCUGUGGUAAUUUUUAAGUAAGUGCUAUGUAACAACUCUCUCAGUUCCUUCUGUGCUGAGAAUUCUAGAUGUAUUGUACAUGUCAGGGAACGUGAUGUGAAAGUGAUGCAGCCACAUGCAGUGUUGUGAGUGGGUGAUUACCAAUAACUAUUAAAAAUGCAUUUUCUUAGUGAUUCCAUAAGAAAAUAUUCGUUAAAAUAUUGUCACUGCUAUCACAUACUCCUUCCAGUGCAUCAUCUGGGCCCCAUCCUAGAAGCUGGUGACCAUCUUCUAACACUGACUGGAGUCAACGUGUUGAGGGUGCUCAGUGUCUCCUGGAUCAGGCUGCUAAUUGUAUUGACUACACUCAUACACAGCAGAGUAUACUGCUUACUGUUUCAUGAACUUUAUGUUGUGUAUAAAAUUAAUAUAGAUUAAAGCACUGUAUAAUCACAUACUAAAGUCUCUGUAAUAGUCAAACGAUAUUUUAGGUCUUGGGGUUUUUAAAAUACUUUGCAAAAAUAAUAGUAUGCACUUGCUAUUAUGUAUUAAAGCAAUAAAUGUUUUCUUUUAAUUGUCA